AUGGUGUAUCUUAUGAGACAUUAUAGUGAUAUAAAUUCAUUGCAACAAAUCAAGCAGUCUUUACUUAGUGGUCUUCAUCAGGACUAUUUUGUUCCUAUGAGUUUGAAAAAAAUCAACUGGCAUAACUACAAACAGAUAAACUAUGAAAGGAAACGAGUGGGUAUUGGGGAGCAAGGAAUUCCAGCACAUUUAUCCAAAAGGGAAGCAGGCAUUGAGAAAGAGCUUUACUCAGUCAAUGGGUUCAACGGAGCUCUGAGUGAUAAAAUACCCUUGAACCGAUCACUUCCUGAUAUAAGACAUAUAAAAUGUCAAAAACGGACAUACAUAGAAUCACUACCAACUGUUAGUGUAGUUGUGCCAUUCCAUAAUGAACAUUGGAGUACCUUACUCCGGACUGCUGUGAGCGUACUCAACAGAUCCCCCGACUUUCUGAUUAAAGAAGUAAUCCUCGUAGAUGAUGCUAGUACCAAAGACUUUUUAAAAACGAAGCUAGAUGACUACCUUGCAGAGAAUUUGCCUAAAGUAAAGGUGAUAAGACUGCCAACUCGCAGUGGCCUGAUAACGGCUCGCCUGGCAGGAGCCAAGCAGGCUACAGCCGAUGUCCUUCUAUUUCUGGACUCACAUACCGAAGCUAAUGUCAAUUGGUUGCCUCCACUGUUAGAACCGAUAGCUCUGGAUUACCGUACAGUGGUGUGUCCGUACAUCGACGUUAUAGCGUACGAUACGUUUGAGUAUCGCGCACAAGACGAAGGCGCCCGCGGUGCCUUCGACUGGGAGCUGUACUACAAACGCUUGCCGUUACUCCCAAAAGAUAUACGCAAUAUGCCUGAACCGUUCGAGAGUCCGGUUAUGGCGGGUGGAUUAUUUGCGAUAUCGCGAACGUUCUUCUGGGAGCUGGGCGGUUACGACCCUGGAUUAGAUAUUUGGGGAGGUGAACAAUAUGAACUUAGUUUUAAGAUUUGGCAAUGUGGUGGUCGCAUGGUGGACGCGCCCUGUUCCCGUGUGGGGCAUAUUUAUCGCAAGUUCGCCCCGUUUCCCAAUCCUGGACACGGGGACUUCGUGGGGCGGAACUACCGCCGCGUAGCCGAAGUGUGGAUGGACGAAUACGCGCAGUACUUGUACAAACGCCGACCGAACUAUUUGAAGAUCGACACGGGAGAUAUUUCAGAGCAGAAGGCGCUACGAACGAAACUGCACUGUAAGCCGUUUAGGUGGUUCAUGACUCAGAUCGCAUUUGACUUGCCAGUGAAGUACCCGCCGGUCGAACCUAAUCCUUUCGCUGAAGGAAGGAUACGGCCGUCAACGCACCCGCAACUGUGCGUAGACGCACAUCAUGGGGCUCAAAUGGAAAAGUUGCAACUGAAGACCUGUUCUGAUGGAUCGGCGGCGGAACAGAGAUUCAUACUAUCCUGGCAUAAGGAUAUUAGAUCUAAAAGUCGAAACAUGUGCUGGGAUCUACCGGAGUCGGCGCCCAAGAGCCCGAUCGUACUGUAUUCCUGUCAUCUGGGAGGCGGGAACCAGCUAUGGAGGUAUUACCCCGACACUAAACGGCUGAAACACGGCACAAACGACAUCUGCCUUGACUGGGAUCCACCUUCACGGGCCCUAUACAUCAAACCGUGUGACGCGGAGAGCACUACGCAGGAGUGGAUCGUUGAUCACGUGGACUACGAAAUGAUGGGGAAGUGGGAGACAGUCGCCAAGCGAGUCACUGGCCCCAGUGAGGACUAUUAA